CACCGCCCUCGCCCUAAUCCCCGGUUCGGCCAGGAGUCAGCGGUUGAGUUACUUGGCUGAGCGCCGGCAGUGCCUUUGAAAGGCGGCGGGAGGCGGCGAGCGCGAUGGCGAGCUUGGGUCUUCUGCUGAGAGUGCUGGUCCUGGUCCUGUGCGGGGCGGCGAGCCUUGGGCUGUCCGCUCCUCCCGCCCCCACCUCCAAGAAGCCCAUCAUCGGAAUAUUAAUGCAAAGGUGCCGUAGUGAGAACAUGAAAAUCCUGGGAAAAUACUAUAUUGCUGCAUCCUAUGUAAAGUAUCUGGAGUCCGCAGGUGCGAGAGUUGUACCCAUAAGGCUUGAUCUUAAAGAUGAAGAGUAUGAAAAGCUUUUCAAAUCUAUUAAUGGGAUCCUUUUCCCUGGAGGAAGUGUUAACCUCAUGAAGUCAGGGUACGCCCGCGUGGCCAAAAUAUUUUACAAGUUGGCCAUACAGGGUUUUGAUAAAGGAGACUAUUUUCCCACGUGGGGGACCUGCCUUGGAUUUGAAGAGCUUACGUAUCUGGUCAGUGGAGAGAGCUUAUUAACCCUCACAGAUACUGUUGGAAUUAAAAUGCCACUGAACUUCACUAGAGGUCCACUGCAGAGCAGAAUGUUCCAGAAUUUUCCUGCUGACUUGUUGCUGUCAUUAGCAAGAGAACCUCUGACUGCAAAUUUCCACAUGUGGAGCCUCUCUGUGAAGAAUUUUACAAUGAAUGAAAAGUUAAAGGCGUUUUUCAAUAUAUUAACUACAAAUACAGAUGGCUAUAUUGAGUUUAUUUCAACAAUGGAAGGAUACCAGUAUCCAGUAUAUGGUGUCCAGUGGCAUCCAGAGAAAGCUCCUUAUGAGUGGGGAAACUUAAAAGGCAUUUCUCAUGCACCUAAUGCUGUGAGGGCUGCAUUUUAUUUAGCAGAGUUCUUUGUGGCUGAAGCUCGGAAAAACAAUCACCAUUUUGAAUCUGAUGUUGAAGAGGGCAAAGCACUAAUUUAUCAGUACCGUCCAGUUUAUACUGGGAACAUUUCUUCAUUUCAGCAAAGUUAUAUAUUUGAUUGAAAGCCUUCAAUGUGUUAACAGAGAAAUUUUGAUUAACUCCAUGAUUAAACUGUUGUAAUAACUUGUUACUCAUGAUGAUAAUAGAAGGCCACAGAGAUUCCGUUUC